AUGAUGUUCAACACCAGACCUAAUGCACUCUCUGCCACCGUUUCCUGCGCCAUCGCACUCUCUGGGAUCGCCUGUGUCAAAGCCCUGACGUUGCCCACUUCCUCAGUCAUAACUAUUCACCCUUCUUUCGACCCUUACUCUAGUGAGGUCCCGUCAAGCUCCCCUACUCAACCUUCCUUUUCUGACAGCGGGUUCUCCCCGUACUCGACUGUCAUCUUGUUGAGCUCUCCAGUACAGACUUCACCAUCUGAGACGUCCUUCUCCCUCGUCUCCACUACGCCGUCGUUCUCCAUCCAUUCUACUACGCCGUCGUCCUUCAUCCGUUCUACCUCGCCGUCGCUCUGCCCCUUCUCGAGUGAGGUACCGUCUAGCUCCGUCGCUCGGCCUUCCUUCUCAGCCUCAGAGAGCGAGUUUCCCCCGUCUUCGAGCGUGAUUCUGCCGACCUCUCCUGUUCAGACUUCUCCCUCUGAGACGUCGCUCUCCGUUGUCACCACUUACCCAUCGUUCUCCUCCGCUAUCACCACUUUCCCGUCGUCCUCCUUCAUUGUCACUAUUUCCCCGUCGUUCUCUGUCUUCUCCACCUCGCCGUCCUUCAUCCAAUUCUCGAGUGAGGUACCAUCCAGCUCCCUCGCUCAGCCUUCCUUCUCAGAGUGUGGCGUGUUCUCUUCAAGCUCUGCGGUCCAAAACCCGUCGUCCAGUCUGUUCUCGAGCGUGGCAUCGUCGAGCUCUGCCGCCGAAACUCCGUCGUCCAGUGUGUCCUCGUAG